GCCAUGGAUCCGUUAGAGGUUGAGUUCCUAGCCGAGAAAGAGCUUUUGAAAAUAAUCCCAAAUUUCAGCCUCGACAAGAUCUUUUUAAUCGGGGGGGACUUGGGACCUUUCAACCCCGGACUGCCUGUGGAUGUCCCUGUGUGGCUGGCUCUCAACCUAAAACAGAGACAGAAAUGUAGGAUCAUCCCCCCUGACUGGAUGGAUGUUGAGAAACUGGAGGAGACGCGGGAGCUCGAGAGAAAAGAAGACGCCUUUACUCCGGCUCCCAGUCCUUACUAUAUGGAGCUCACCAAACUGCUGCUGAACCAUGCAUCUGACAACAUUCCCAAAGCCGAUGAAAUCCGCACGCUGGUCAAAGACAUCUGGGACACUCGGAUCGCCAAACUCCGCCUGUCUGCCGACAGCUUCAUCAGUCAGCAGGAGGCUCACGCCCAGCUGGACAACCUGACUCUGAUGGAGAUCAACACCAUACGGGAGUUUCUUCUCGAUUCUCUCAACUGCAUGUACAAGCUGCGCUCCAAUGUGCAGCCUGGCUCCAGGAAGGGCCAGCUCGUGGACCUCUGA